GCAGAAUUGAGAAUUAUUGCACACGUUUGAACGUUUCACUUCGUUCUAUGCUCUACGAACUGCGACGUUUGUACCAGUCGACAGUUCGACACGUCUCUCUCGUCACCACUCACCCCUUCUUUAAACUUCAGUGCACUCACUCGUCUCACUCUAUUUUGUGGUUAUUGCCAGCAACGAGCAACGCGACAAUUUAGAAAAAUAGUAAAUCGCAAUAUCUAUCAAAUAUCAAUUGUUGAUUUUUCCUGAUCGCCAACGUCAAUCUUUUACCGAUCAACGAAUGUUAUCGUGGAUGAUAGUUUCCAACGGAAACGAGUUAACGUCUUGACGUGAAUAAACUGGUAUAACUAUGUCAUCAUAUCGUACUACUAAAAGUGGUACACACAAUUUACGGCCACCGAGCACAAGUACACCUACAAUAUUGAAAAAACGUAACACACAGUUGAAUAAUGUACCAAAACAAAAAGUACAAAUCAAUCUUGUUGACAACCUGAAAGCAUUGCUUAUUAGUUUUGAUCAAAAUAAUGAUAAAGAAAAACUUAAAUACAAUAAUCUUAUAUGUGAUAUCAGAGAUGCUGGUAUUGAAAUAAAGGAUGCUGAACUUGUUACGCUAUUGAAAGAUGCAAGAAAUUGUGUGAAUAUUUUAAAUGAAAAUCUUACACUUUUUGUUAAAGUCAUAUUGAUUUUAAAAUGGAUGAAUAGAAGUGAUGAAGUUGUAAAUGAAUACCGAGGAUUUCUUCUUGAUGUUUGUACUGCCCACAACUAUCAUACAAAAUUUGCAAUAGAACAACUUGUUACAUGUUUUUCUCAUGUGGACAGUACUGUUUUUGAUCGUGUCAAUGGUAUGCCUAGUGAAGAAGAAGAAAGAGGAUUUAAAAAUGUUCACAUGACUCUUGAAGCACUUUUAAAAGUCAUUCCAUUAGCAAAAGAUUUAUUAAUGACAGCUCUUAAAAAAAAGUUUCCUUACAAAAAAAGCAGUGUCGAAUCUCAUCUGCAUUAUAUUCACAAUUUAUUAUUUGUAACUGAGUAUGAAAAAUCUUUAAGAAAACAAAUCCUUAGUCUUAUUGUUAGCAAGCUAGUAGAAAUUGAUGUUCACAUACCCAGAGAAGAAUUAGAUAGACUUGGAUCAAAUGUAAAUAUUGAAAUAGAAGACAUUUUCCCUAUGGAUGUUGAUGGAGAAUAUAUGCAGGUAGAUCCUGAUAAAUUAGAAGCAGAAAGUUUUUCACAUAUACUAGAUGUUUGCCUUAGGAGGCUAUUUAUGUAUAUGAAUACUGCAUGUCAUGAUCCUAAUGGUGAUUUAUUGUGGAAUGAUACUAAAUCAUUAUACCAUGACUUGUUGUCAGUAUUUGAAAGUGAAAUUCUUCCAACGUAUAACAGUAGUCAUAUUCAAUACGUAAUUUACUAUUUUAUUAGUUUUAAAACAACACUAGCAGAAAAUUUUAGCAAUUGGCUGUGGAAAAAAUGUUGUGAUGUGUCAUCACCAUCAACUAUACGACAAGCUGCAGCUGGUUAUUUAGCUAGUUUUCUUUGCAGAGCACCAUUCGUAUUAAAUAGUGUUUUAAAGAAUAUUCUUUUUGAAAUGUCUACAUGGUGUAAUAAUUAUAUCAAUAGAGUAGAUAAAUCAGUUAAAGUAGUAAAUGAAGAUUUGUUAAGAUGGCAUGCAGUAUUUUAUUCAAUGUGCCAAUCAUUAUUCUACAUUAUUUCUUUCAGGCAUCAUGAUCUGAUGGAUAGCAAACGAAAUCUAAAAUUUAUGGAAAAUUUAAAUCUUUCUAAAAUAGUCACAUGUAGAUUAAGCCCAUUACGUUUAUGUUGUUCAACAGUAGUCAAUCGUUUUGCACAUAUUACUAAAACUUAUCAGUUAACAUAUUGUUAUGUGGUUAUGGAUGGUCACAUAAGAAUCACUGACCAAUCUAUCAAAGAUGAAUGGUUAUAUUCUUUCUUUCCAUUCGAUUUGUAUGUUCUUCCCAGGUCAAAAGAUGUUAUAAUGUCUGAUUUAUAUAGACAUUUUGAUGAUGAUAUAAAUAAACAUACUAAUGAUGAUGAGGAAGACAAAGAAUCAUCAUUGCUUAUUGAUACCAUGGAUAUCAGUCCAAGUAUGUUAUCUACAAGCUCACCAGCAAAAACUGAUUGGCUUGGACAACUAGUUAAUCAACAUCGAUAAACUGCAAUGAUUAAAUUGUGAUUUUUGUUAUUCUCAUCUUUAAAUAAAUUAUUUACACUUUAA